GUAACGAACGUACGAACGAACGAAAGAACGAACGUAGGUGAGAGAAGUGCGAAGGAAGAUAGAGAAAGAGUGUACGUACCAUGGUUAUGGUGGUGGUGUUUGUUACUUUGCGGUGUCCGUGUUGCCGUUACCAUUGCUGCGGCAGUCUUUCAGUGUAGUUUGCGGUGAUCGCGAUCCGCACAUGUAUGUGAACGAUGUGACGAAGGACCGGUGACCCAGGGUCAUCUCCUUCUUUCUUUCUCUCUCUCUCUCUCUAUAUAUAUAUAUAUAUAUAUACAUAUAUUAAAAUGGCCAUGUUGUGGCGCCCCGUCGGCGGUAUGGGAAGGUGUUCCUCCACCAGGAUAUUAUCGUCAUUUGCCAAGGAGGCACCUCUUGUGCUCGUAGUGUUAUUACUUGUUGUUCUAUCGUAUUCGAACGGUGGCAGUGUUGUCUGUGCGGCGAAGAACGGUGGUGCAGCAGCUUCUUCUUUGAGGAAUAGAAAUAAACACGGUGCUGCAGGUGCGGGUGGUGCUGGCCAACAUUCGAAUGGACAACAACAGCAGCAGCACCAACAACACGCCGCCCUUCAAAUUGCUUCCAAGGCAAUGCUGGCAGCAGCUGCUGCUGGUGGCGGUGGAGGAGGCUCACGUCCUCCGUCGUCAUCAUCAUUGUCGUCUUCGUCAUCGCCGUACGAUAGGGAAUCGGAAUUCACGAAAGGAAAAAUUUGCAUCGGUACGAACGGUCGGAUGUCGGUGCCGUCGAACAGGGAUCACCACUACAGAAAUCUAAAGGAUCGCUUCACGAACUGCACCUACGUCGAUGGAAAUCUGGAGCUGACGUGGUUGCAGGAUGAGAAUCUGGAUCUGUCCUUCCUGCAGUACAUCAGAGAGGUGACCGGAUACGUGCUGAUCUCGCAGGUCGACAUCAGGAGGAUCGUCCUGCCGAGGCUUCAGAUCAUCAGGGGACGAACCCUGUUCAAGUUGAACGUGCGCGACGAACAGUUCGCACUGAUGGUCACCCUCUCCAAAAUGUACUCGCUCGAACUGCCCGCACUGAGGGAUGUCCUCAGCGGCAGCGUCGGCAUCGUCAGCAACUACAAUCUGUGCCACAUCAAGACGAUCAACUGGAAGGAGAUCAUGACGGAUCCGGUCGGUGAUUACGUGUACGUCUACAAUUUCACGUCGCCGGAAAGGGUCUGCCCCCCGUGCCAUCGAAAUUGCGAAGCCGGUUGCUGGGGCGACGGAGAAGAGAAUUGUCAACGAUUCUCGAAGGAGUCGUGCAGUCCCCAGUGCUAUCAGGGCCGAUGCUUCGGAUCGAAUCCGCGCGAAUGCUGUCAUCUGUUCUGCGCAGGAGGAUGUACGGGUCCCAAGCAGAGCGACUGCAUCGCAUGCAAAAACUUUUACGAUGACGGCGUCUGCACGCAGGAAUGUCCCCCUAUGAAGAUAUACAAUCCGACGACGUACUCGUGGGAACCGAAUCCAAAUGGCAAGUACGCGUACGGCGCCACCUGCGUCAAGAACUGUCCGGAGCAUCUCCUGCGGGAUAACGGUGCAUGCGUUCGCACCUGUCCACCCAACGAGAAGGCGCACGACGGAGAAUGCGUACCAUGCGAUGGACCGUGUCCGAAGACGUGCGUCGGCGACGUCACUCUUCACGCGAACAACAUCGAAUCGUUUCGCAAUUGCACCGUCAUCGAUGGUUUCGUGCACAUCCUCGAGAAUUCGUUCAAAGGCUUCCAGCACAUCUAUCCGAAUUACACGUUCGGCGCUCGAAUUCCGCCCAUGCAUCCCGACCGUCUGGAGGUCUUCAGCACGCUCAGGGAGAUCACCGGUUUCAUCGACAUCCAGGCGAAUCACACGGACUUUCGCAAUCUGAGCUACUUUCGAAAUCUGGAGGUCAUCGGCGGUCGCACCCUGCACGAUUACCAUUCGUCCGUGUACAUUGUGAAGACGUCCCUGGAAUCGCUCGGCUUGAAGUCGCUGCGGCAUGUCAAAUCCGGGGCCGUCGUUAUGCUCGAGAAUGCGAACCUCUGCUACGCGGAAAAGAUCAACUGGACGAAGGUGAUGACGAAGAGCAACAACAUCGGAGGUGGCGGAGGAGGAAUUGGAAGCGGCGGCGGCGGCAACGGAGGCGUUGGCAUUGGUGGCGGCGGGGGCGGCGGCGUCGUCGGCAGCAGCGAGAACUACUCGAUGAUGAAGACGAAUCGAAAGGAGGAGGAGUGCCGCCGCGAGGGUCGCGUUUGCGACGAACAGUGCACGAAGGAUGGCUGCUGGGGUUCCGGGCCCGAUCAAUGUUUGGCCUGUCAAAACUACAUGUAUGACGGCACGUGUCUUCAGAAUUGUACCGUGAUCUCUGGAAUCUACCAUUCGGACAACAUGCAGUGCAGAAAAUGCCACGAGCAGUGCGGCGAGGGAUGCAGCGGUCCCGGCGCCGACAGCUGCACCACGUGUAGACACUACAAGGACGGUCCUUUCUGCGUAUCCGGAUGUCCUACGGCCAAGUACAGUGAUAUCGACGGCGUAUGCAGGUCAUGCCACGAGAACUGCGUCGACGGUUGCACCGGACCCAGCAAUCAGUUGGGCGCGUACGGCUGCAAAUCGUGCGAUCGCUCCAUCAUGAACGGCACUCUGACCGUCUGCCUGAAAAAGGAGGAACCCUGUCCGGACGGUUUCUACUACGAAUUCGUCGAGCGGCAGACCGACUCGCUCGUCGGCAGCGCAAUCUGCAGAAAGUGCCAUCCGCGCUGCAAACGAUGCAUCGGCUUCGGCUUCCACGAACCCAUCUGCAAGGAGUGCGCCAAGUACAAGCGAGGCGAGCAGUGCGAGGACGAGUGCCCUGCCGAUCACUACGCGGACGAGGAACUGCACGUCUGCAUCAAGUGCGACGAUGAGUGCAAAGGAUGCACCGGAGACGGACCUGCAAAUUGCAUAGCUUGCCAACAGCUGAAGGUAUAUUCGACGAACGCUGUCGCGGGAAUAAUGAUAGACGACGGUAAUGCUUCUUCCUCCUCCUCCUCCUCCUCUUCCUCAUCAUCCUCUUCGGUUGAUUUUGUGUGCGCGGCGACGUGCCCGUCGGACAGGCCGAACCGCGUCUACUCUCAGGAGCUCUCCGAGACGUACUGCUCGGAGACGGCGAGCCGCGCAUUCCAAUCCUACGUUGCGACGAAUCCAUCGACCAUCCUCAUGGGCACGGUCGGACUGUUCGUGUUCGUGUUGGCGCUGGGCGCGUUCGUCUUCCUCUUCGUGUGGCGCAAAAAGACCAAGGUUGCGGAGAGCGCCAUCAAGAUGACGAUGGCGUUGACCGGCCUCGAGGACGAACCUCUUCGACCGUCCAAGAUUCUACCCAAUCUCGCUCAGCUGCGUAUCAUCAAGGAGGCGGACCUGGGACGCGGCAGUAUCCUCGGCUACGGAGCAUUCGGCACCGUCUACAAGGGCGUCUGGAUGCCGGAAGGUGAGAGCAUCAAAGUGCCGGUCGCUAUCAAACUGUUGCGCGAUGAUACCGGCGCAAACAACAGCAAGGAAUUCCUGGACGAAGCGUACAUCAUGGCAAGCGUUGAACAUCCGAAUCUGCUUCAACUUCUUGCGGUGUGCAUGGCCUCGCAGAUGAUGCUCGUCACGCAGCUGAUGCCGCUCGGCUGCCUACUGGAUUUCGUGCGUGAGAGGCGCGAUCGGAUUCGAGCGAAAUCCAUGCUCUCCUGGUGCACGCAGAUCGCGCGCGGCAUGGCGUACCUUGAGGAGAAGAGACUCGUGCAUCGGGAUCUAGCAGCGCGCAACGUGCUUGUCCAGUCGCUGGCCUGCGUCAAAAUCACCGACUUUGGACUUGCCAAACUGCUGGACAUCAACGAAGAAGAGUACAAGGCCGCCGGCGGCAAGAUGCCGAUCAAAUGGCUCGCAUUGGAAUGCAUACAGCAUCGCAUCUUCACGCACAAGUCGGACGUUUGGGCGUUCGGCGUCACCGUCUGGGAACUCCUCACCUACGGCGGCAAACCCUACGACAAGGUACCCGCGAUGAACGUGCCCGAGUUGCUCGAGAGCGGCGAACGUCUGCCGCAGCCGAAGAUAUGCAGCAUUGACGUCUACAUGAUCAUGGUCAAGUGCUGGUUACUUGACGCCGAGAACAGACCCUGCUUCAAGGAGCUCGAAGAACACUUUUCUCGAAUGUCCAUGGAUCCGGGCCGCUACCUUGCAAUUCCUGGAGACGACGUGCAUCUGAGGUUACAGCAACAACAACAACACCUUCUCCAGCAGAAUUAUCAUAUACAGGAUAAUCUUCAUCAUUACGACGGAAACGGAGUCACACUUAAGAGGAGAAACUUGCAUUCGCCACCCUUGCAUUCGAAUCGCAGCGAUUCUUGUGAUCUUCAGAAGGACGUGGGUGCGCGUCGCUGCGAGAACGACUCCUACGGUGGUGAUCACAUAUGCCACAACGACGACGACGACGAAGACAACGAUAACGGAAAGAACCGCGACAACGAGUUGGCGCUUGGUAUUCCGGGCGGUCAUAACCGUAUGCAACCAGCAAUGAUGAUGAUGUCGACGUCAUCGGAGGGUGGUGGCACGUGCGCACCCCAAAAUCAGCACAAUUGGAACCAGGAGCGGAGACUGCAUUUCAUCAAGUCAUCACCGCUGAAUGCUGCUGCAGAUGAUGCUUCUUCUAACGCGAGCACGAACGAACGAACAGAUGCAGACCACCACAAUCAUCCGGACCUCGACGACAAAGACUUUCAUCGUCUUAAUCAUUAUCACCGGCAGCAGCAGCAGCAGCAGCAGCAGCAUGCGCAUCUCAACGAGCAGCAAGCAAAUAAUAAUAUGGUGAUGCCACGCUAUUGCGGAGAUUCGUUGUUGCGGCGAGGUGGCACAGGACGAGCCGUCGGACUGCAACAGCAGCAGCGAUGCAGCAACAAUAUUGUUGGUGGCAACGAUUUGGGCUCGGACGAGUACGAUUCGGGUGGAGUCCGAUCUCAGCAGGCGCAGGUGGGUAACGUAAAGUUGGAGCUGCCUGUGGACGAAGACGACUAUCUCGUUCCAUCCCCUCAACAGUUGCAAGCGCCUUCGACAUACGUCGAACUUAUGGCCGAUUCGUGCAAAAGUCCCAGCUACAAUAACACAAACGACCACCAUCAGUUCAAUUAUUACAAUCAUCAUCUCAAUAAUAAUAAUAAUCACCAGCAACACCAUCACCAUCAUCAUUUGCAAACGAACCAUCAUCAUAAUCAUCCUCAACAGCAGCAGCAACACAUACUGCACGAAUCGGAGGCAGGAAGGAGAUCAUCCUGUUUGUCUUCGCCGUCCUAUCUAACGCAUCCAGCUCUUCCCACAACGCCGAUUGCGACGACGACGAACUUUAGAAAAACGAACAUCGACAAUCCCGAGUAUCUGAUGAGCAAUGAUCCUCCAGCGUCGCCCUCAUCCAUCAUAAUCACCACCGCCCAUCGACAACAACUGCCUCCAUCGUAUCAAGAACAACAAUACAACCACCACCACCAUCAUCAUCCCUCACAAACUAUCGGCAUUCCAACCGUCUCCGAGAUCGUGCAGGACGGUGACGGUGUCGAAGUCCAUCCGUGGGGCGAUAGUGCUUCUUGCCCCGAUCAGCAUUCGGUCGUCGCCUCCUCAAACUCUUCCUCCUCCAACACCACCACCACCACCACAACCAACAACAACAAUUAUCACCUGUCAUCGCAAAAGAGCUCCGAGGAGGAAUCGGACCAUGAAUAUUACAACGAUUUUGAUCGAUUGCAGCGCGAAUUGCAACCGCUUCAUCGCAACGGCGAGACGACUGUAUAAUAACUUAUACUAGUGCUAUUCUUCUAUCACUAAUGCUAAUGCAAACUAUUCGUGCGUGGACAAUAAUAAAUGUUAAUCUCGUGUGUGCCAUUUACCACAAGUUUCUGCACUGUCUGCAUACGUUGAUGAUAACCGCUAAAAGAAAACUAUUGUACAGACGACCUUGUUUUCUCAAUUGCCAGCCAACCAGUGUCAUCACACACACACACACUCGACAGCCUACACUAACUAACUUCUCUCCCCACACAUAUUGUUAAUGUUAUAUAUGAUUAUUAUAUUUUUUUUUCUUUGUUUGUAUUCAAGUUUAAUGUCGUUUGCGGUCAAUGUGUCUGUCGAUGAUAAAAUGUAUAUAUUCCAAACAA